CGUAGCACCCUCUGAAAAAAACGGAGUUUGACGGCCCGUUUCUCACACUCCACCGUUAUGUUGUCGUGCACGUCCCCAUGUCGUUUGGCCUUCUGCGUUCCUCGUCCGCCAUCUCCUUCCCAGUUCUCCUCCUUCGGCCAGUCAUCUCAUUGUUCGCUGCUUGUCCCUGAAUCUCUCUGUGAUCAUGGCCUCUGCCAGUGAUCCCACGGGACUGUCCUGCAUACAGGACUGGGGGUAUACCGAGUCCCAGUACGGAACACAGGGACCAGACAAUGCACCGCCUGCGGUGCCUGCACCCGAACAAGCAGGAAUGUACACGCAGCUUCCCUCUGCAUUUAGUCGGGACUGUGGGUCCUUGAACGGGACAGGGAGCGAAACUCAGUGGCCCUUCGAAGACGGUGUGGGUACACAAGUCCCGUCUUCACGGCCUUUGGGGACACUGGGACAGGUGGGCAUGCGUGUCGGGAGUGGGGUUAGAUCAUCGGACCCCGCUUUGUCACAGGUUCCAGAACCGCAUGAUGUGACGGGCAGGGUGACACAUGUCCCAAAAAGUGAUUCUGGGACACCCUUGCCUGGCUUCUGUACACCGAUUCAGCCCAUUGGUGGUUUCUCUUUCGGGGCUUCGGGUGAAGAUGAGCACAGUUUGCGGGAGAGUCUAAGGAGGCGUGCCAUUGCAAUGGCGGAAGGGCACUCAUCUACUCCACAUUGUGCACAACAUUUGUCUUUCCACUCUGAUGUAGCUCCACGUGACAACUGUCGUGCUGGGUCUUCUGGUUUGUCACCCAUCACUUCCGCCGACCACGUUACCAGUGCUUCUCCUACACAGAGGGGGGGGGCUGCCACCACGCCACCGGUGUCAGACGUGGCCGGAGGAGCAGGUGGGUCCUCGUCAUCUCCGGCAGGACAUGGCAUCCCAUAUAGCCCAAGCGUGGCAUCUCAGCAUCACGUUCCAUCGGAGUACUUGAUAAAUCGGCUAAUUCGGGACAUUGAGGAUGGCAUUUCCCCCGCUCAUAAUGCUGCAGACACUGCAGCUGCGGACAAUGUCGGUGGCAAUGCAGCUGCCCCUUCACGAACACCUCCUCGCCAAUCCGGUGAUCUGACGCCUGUGAAUGGCACACCCACCCGGGCCGAUGCCCGCGGUCAAUCUAGCCAGAGCCCUUCGGGGGUAGUCUGUGAGGCAGGAACUUCUCCUGCUGCACGUCCCCAGGGACAGCAAGGUCGGGCAUGUCCCUCUGAAAAGAACAAGGACCGUUGGGGGGAGGACGAGACUACAUGGUUGUGCCGGUUCCGCAAUGAGGUGAAGUUGCUGAUGAUUGAGGAUACAGAGGCAUACGGAUGGGCAGGGGUGAAGGGGAACUUCUGGAAGUUCGUGGAGCUGCGUAUGAAGGCGAAGGGUUACAAUCGCGAUCACAAGCAGUGCAAGAACAAGUUCAACCAAGUGAUAGAGUACUACCAGAAACUGAAGUGUCAUGAGCGAUGGUCCGGACUUCCGAGCUACUGGGACAUGAACAGCACGAGACGGAAAAAAUACAACGUCGAUUUCGUACUGCGUCAAAGUUGGUAUGACAUCAUCGACUCCGUUGAGAAGGACAUGGACUCUAUAAACCUAACGUAUUUGAGAGACGGCGGUGACGACCCUCGGCGGCACAUGGACACUGACGACAUGGCCGAUGCAGAUGGAGAGACAGAGGGGGUGAGCGAUGACCCAGCCGGCGGAAGCAGAGAUGCAUCCGGCGGCUCACGAUCGACAACUUUUGAACCCAUGCUCGGAAAGAGAAAAAUAGCAAUUUCCAAUGCACGUGAGGCCAGCGUGCAAGCCGUGACAAGCGCAAUGCGUGACCACACGACUGCGCUCACACGAUCCGAUCGAGAGUGUGCGAAGAUGCGAUGUGACACCACGCGUGAUGUGGCAAAGCAACAGGCUGAACUGGCUACACAACUAAUGCAGCAGGACGUAGCUGGGCGUGAGAGGGUGGCCACCAUUGUCGGGGAUAGGGUCGAGAGUGGAUACAACCGCCUGGCAGAUGACAUUCUCAUGAUGGGAUCCCGAAGGAGGAGUCGUUCAUCUAAUGAUCCCCGUUCCAGUCAGUCUGAGUAAGGUGUGCCAGUGAGUCUGUGGAAACUGAUUGCAGUCUCUAUGGGUCUUUCAGAGCUUUUCCACGUGCUAAGCGUUGGUCUA